GGUGUGCUGGCCUGGCUGGCGGUACUGGCGGUGCGGCGCGUCGGGCCUGGUCGUGCCCAGUCCAGUGAGACAGCUACAGCCUUACGCGGAGCAUCGCGGGGAGCAUCGCGGGGAGCAUCGCCGCGCGUCAGACAGGCACACUGGCACACACGCCGACGCCGACGCCUCGUGCAGCGCGCUGCAGCGCCCAUCCAGUGCAGUAGUGCAGUGCCGUGAGGGGUGCCGGGGGUGCCGCGCCGCACGUCGAGGACGUCGAGGACGUCGAGGUCGUCGAGCACCACGUGGGGGCGGCCAACACCGGCCUGAGCCGGCCCGGCUUCAGCGUGCGACCGCCUUCAGUGACCACGGCUUCAGGGGACGUCCCCAGCUGCCGGACGCCGCGGUCCGGACUGUGCAGACCUCUCUGCCGCUGGGGCCCCCGCGCGGGGCCCCCCUCCCGUGGAGUGCCUGUCGGCCUGCUUGACGGCCUGCUUGACGGCCUGCUUGGCGGCGUGCAUGUGGUGUUGGCGGGCGAGAUGGUUCUCCACCGGCUGCUCCUGCCGGCCCAGGCCCUGCUAGCCUUACCCCUCGGCGCGCGGCUCGGCGCGCGGCCGCAGUGCAUCCGUCGCAUCUGCACAUCGGCGAGCAACGCGACGACGACGUCCUCCAGCACUCCAACGACGCCAGGGUGCGCCGUGGCCCGGCCGCACCGGAGAGCCUGCUUGGCACCGCCAUCCUGGUCAUCCUGGGCCUUGUCCGCGGCCGUCUGACUCGCCUGGGCUCGGGCCGGCCUCGGCUCCUCUCGUCACUGCUCAAGAUGAACCUCGUCAUCCUCUGCUUCUCUGGGUAAACAAUGUGGCAUGGACCUCACUGGCGCAGAGGUUACAGUAGGGGGCCGCAGUUGCAGCCACAAGGGCAGCAAGGGCAGCCGCACCCCCUCGGGCCCAGAGCGGUGCGCCCAGUCCCCAGCUUGCUGCUACUCCUGUUGACGGCGGCGUCCCUGGCCGCCCUGGCCGCCCUGGCCUCGGCGCAGCCUCCCUCCCAGGUCCCCGCCCCGAUGGCGGCCCCCAUGGCCUUGUCCGCGCCGGCGACCGUCAACCACCACCGCAACCACAAGCGCCACCACCGCCGGACCCACGGACACUCGGCCCAAGGCGGACCCCAGGUGGAGGCGCCGUCGCGGGCCACCCGCGCGCACUGGCAGGAGGACGAAGCCUCGGCGCAAGCCUGCCCCAACUGCAUUCUGCAGCACCAGACGCAGCUCAAGCUGAGCGAGCAGCAGCAGCAGCAGCAACAGCAGCAGCGCAACAUGACGAGCGACUCGUUGCGCCUCGAAGCCAUCAAGUACAAGAUCCUGUUCAAGCUGGGCCUCAAGGGGAAGCCCAACGUGACGCACGCCGUGCCGCGCAAGGUGGCGGAGGGCCUGGUGGAGGAGAUGAUGGCCACGCCCAAGGACAACCACCACCACCACCACCACCUCGGCACGACCACCAAGCGCGGCCACCACCACGACCAGCACGACCACCACGAGCACGGCCAGGAGCCGGACGACUUCUACGGCCGCGCGUCCGAGAUCAUCGCCUUCGCGGAGCCGGGCCACGAGCUGAACGGGCAGACGCUGCUGGAGUUCUCCCUGGCGCGCGAGGAAGAGGGGCUGCCCAUCCAGGAGGCCACGCUGUGGGUGCGCGUGGACACGCGCCGCAGCCUGCGCAAGGUGGCGGACCGCAACCUCACGCUCUGGGUGUUCCGCGUGCACGGCAAGCACUUCAACACGACCCACGUCAGCGACGAGGUGUUCGACUCGCAGACGUCCAUCGCGGGCAAGCUGGCGGUGCCGCUGAGCGACCUGGGCUGGAAGAAGCUCAACCUGACGCGGGCCGUGCAGCACUGGUACAGCGAGGGCUCCGGGUCGCGGGGCCGCCUGCGCCUGCUUGUCGACUGCUCGGGCUGCGGCGAGCUGGUGGAGGCCACGCUGUUCCGGCCGGAGGGGCCCACGGACGACCGGCGCCGGCCCUUCCUCGUCGUCAAGACGGAGCCGCCCAGCAAGCGAGUUCGGCGGCGCGCAGUGGCGUGCUCGGGGGCGAUGCCCGGCGAGUGCUGCAAGCAGGACCUCUACGUGAGCUUCAAGGACCUGGGCUGGGACGACUGGAUCAUCGCGCCCGGCGGCUACCGGGCCAACUACUGCCGGGGGAACUGCAGCCACUACCGCACCCCGGACACCUACCACAACUACCACUCCCACGUGCUGGAGGAGUACCGUCGCCUCAACAAGCUGGUGGACAUGCAGCCCUGCUGCGCGCCGCUCCGCUUCAGCUCCAUGUCCCUCAUCUACUUCGACAUGGACAACAACAUCAUCAAGAGGGACCUCCCCAAGAUGGUGGUGGAGGAGUGCGGCUGCCCGUAACGCCCUUCAUGUGUCCUUCGGGUGUCCUUCGGGUGUCCUUCGAGUGUUCGGGUGCCGACCGUGACGUGGUUGUGCGUGUGGCUUCGAAAAGACGUCGUAUCGUGUGACGGACUGAGAGACGGUGGAAGGACACCCAGAAAACUGAAAAGACUCAGCCGAUGCUUCGGCGAGGUAGUGUCGUGGAUUUGGGCUGUACGUUGUGCACAAUGUGCCCACCCCCAAAAGUAUGGUUAAAAUACUGACGGUUAUUAAAAUAAUAAUAAUAAUAUUAAUAAUAAAUAAUAAAUAAUAAAAUAACAAUAAUAAUAACAACAUUUAUAAUGAUAAUAUGAAUAAUGAUUAUAAUAAUAAUUGGCGUGUUCAAGACGGUCUGUGUCUGCGAAGGCUCUGUGAGCAUCGUCCACAGCCCUUGACUCACGUUACAGUCGUACCUUAUUUCUCUCUCGUUGUUCGUUCGUUCGUUCCUGUGCUGUGCUGCGUUGCGGCCGCGCCGCGCCGCGUCUUUGCGGGGUCCAUGAGCCACCUUUCCCUGUCUCCCUCGCCCCUUCCGCCGCCUCUGCCAGAGCGAGAGAGACGCAAAAGGGGGAAAGAACCGCUGUGCCACUUUAGAUUUGUUUUUUUGUCCCACACAGCCCCAACCACACUCAGUCGGGACUUGAACCCACGACCAUCGUUUCCGCUGUCCUGAGAAUCUUUUCGCUGAAUUAGCGGGGAUGGGCCCAUGACCCAUAAGCUCAACAUCCAAUGUAUGGAGAAAUCAGUGAAAAUUUCUACGAAAAAUUGUUUUUUUAAGUGACUUGUUUCGUUAGGGAGCCAUAAAGAGGAUUUAGACGAAGGUCCUUGUGGUUGGUGCUGUGACAUUCGCUAAAGGAAAACCCCGCACAGAACAGCAAUAUUUUCGUGGCAGUUUCUAUUAGCGUUUGAGAUUGUUAUGGUCUUAGGUUCGAAUACCGGCGACCUGUUUUCGUUCUCUGAGAAAGGCAACAGCGAUUUGGCUUCUGUUGUUGUAAAUCAGGGAAAAUUGCAUUUACCCCCUCCAGUCGCGUCGCGUGCUAACUGCCUCUAGUCUAAUGAAUGUAGUGUCGAAAAUGUGUUGCGUGUAUGUGUGCGUGAGAGGGAGAAAGAGAGAAUGUGUGUUGAGAACGUGUGAUACAUUUUAUUGUUAAAGUGCAAAUGUGUGUGACCGCGAGUCAGAGAAAGAGAGAUAAUUUAUGUUUGGUUUUUUAAAAGGUUUGAUACGGAGAUUCGUUUUUGUUUUGAACUCGGAGAAAAUGAAAGUUCGAAUGAAAGAGAGUGUGAAAAAGAGUCAGAGUGUGACAGAGAAAUGAGGAAGAGAGAGACACACCUUCCCUGCGGCUCCCUUUGAGUGCGUUACGUUGCGAUGCGUGCGUUGCAUUGCAGGUCCCGCGAGGGUGACGCAGCGGACAGCCCGCGCCAUAUCAGUAGUAUCGCUCGGCAGGUUUAUCUGUGAUCUGGGAAGUGGUGCUCCAGUUUUGUAAGAAAAACGUGUUAAGGAAUUUUAAAACUGUCAAAAAAGUAGUCGUCUGUGUUUUUCGUCUUUUGUUCCUUCCUCGUUGGCUGCUUGCCUGGCCGGGCAGCUCUCGACCAACCUCAUCUUGCUAAUAAACGGGCUUUUCUCCUA